UUGCUAUUGACAAUCUUUAUUAUUAUAGCUAAUAGCUAGCGAAUAUAGUAGAAACGCCCCCGGUUGUUGGCCUUUUUUAAUGGUGAAUGAAACAACAAGCCCAAAGCGAAAAAACCAGCGGAAGUGAGCGAUCGAGUUAACGGUGUGAAACAGAUUUCUGACUUAUUUGGCCAACUUUCGGCAAGGUCAAUGUCGGGUGCGAUCGUCUGCAGACUGGGCCAAAAAACAACACGGUCUCGAAACUGGGCGUGAAAGCCGCGUGGCGCCAACCAGUUGAUGACGUUCUGGCCAAAAUUUGCAAAGUUCCGCUCGGUCUGCGAUCAUUAUUUGAAGGUGCCGAAGGUCUUCUGUCUUCAGUUGCUAAUCUGCAUUCGACGGUUACGGUUAUGUUUCUACCCGCGCGUUUGGCUCUUUUGAGCCUUCUUUUUUUGAUGGUCUCUGGGCAGAGAAGUAAAGCCAGAGAUAGCCGACCGCAGGGCAGGACUCUGGGUCUAUUGACGCCUCUUUUACUGGGAGGUGGUAGACCACUCUUCGAUGUUCCCCUUGCUGUAGGACCACCCAUAAGACCUGGUGGAUCAUCUGGCGGUGGUGGCACCCAAUCGGAUUCUGUGGACUCCUACUACGGCGGUGGUUAUCCUAGCUAUGGAUACAGGCCCAACUAUGGAUAUGGGUAUCCCAGUUACAGCUAUAACUAUGGAUAUCCUGGAUUGGGUUACGGUUAUGGCACCUACUACAGACCCAGCUACUACAACUAUGGUGGAUACCAGAGACCGCAGCCAUAUUAUGGAUACAGACCGAAUUAUAGUUCCAUUGGAGCUGCUGCAUCUUCUGGUUAUCCCUCGAAUGGAGGCUAUGCUAGUACAGCUAGCAUCUCAAGCUCUCCCUCCUCCAAUCCCACAACGUCGGGAGUUGCAGUGGGAGCAGGAGCAGUAUCUGGAACUGGUACACCACAGCUUUCCACCGCCCAACAAUCCCAGUUAGCCGGUAUUUUGGGCCAGGCUCUCGGCAGUAGUCUGCGCCCCCUGCUCGCGAAUGGGGGCGGGGCAGCUGGAGCCUCAGGUGCCGGAGCAAAUCCACAAGCCCUAAGCGGUCUACUCAGUUUGCUCGGCUAGGACUUAAGUCCAUCAGUAUUAUAAAUAUUCAUAAAUAUAUUUUUAAGUCAUCGAAAUUUCUUUUAUGGUUAUUACUACUCGAAAAAUUCGAAAAAGUAAGGCAAUCAAAUUCAGAAUUAAUCUACAUUAAUACAUUCAUUACUUUGGUUGUAUUAUCUAUUUUUAUAAUCAUUGCGAAGUUACUCUUGCCAGAAGUAAAAUCAAAUAUUUAAAAAUCAAAGUUAUAAAAGA